CUCCACACAGCUGACUUUAUACAUCACAUCACAAAUCAGUCCCUGAACUUCCAUCCGGACAAAUAUUCUUUUAAAAUAGUUGGCUAUGUUUCGUUGAUAAUCGAAACCCUGAGGACAUCCAAAAGUAAUAAAUAGGCCAGCAAUUUCGGAAAUGUUUUUUACCUGCGAAAUUCACAAUAAACGCUUCUCCUCCCUGGAACAAGUCAAAUUACACGACUCUUUAUUCCAUAAAGAGUAUGACGACCCUGCUCUCACAAAACCCGAACCAGUCCCUCGCAUCAAAACCCCUCCUCCUCCACCCGAUAAUAAUCUUGACGGAUUUACUUGUCACAUUUGCGCCCAAACUUACCCAACUCAGGACCUUGUCCUCACCCAUUUGACCUCACACCUUCCCCCCGACCAAGAAAAUGCCAAAGAUGUCUCUCCAAUCGUAAAGACAGAACACGAUUCCGAUUCUUCAAGAGGCGACAGCGACAAUUCCGAGUGGUCAAAUUCCGUCGCCACGACAUCUCGACAUGAUUCAAGCGACGACCCAAAUUACAGCUAUGGUUCAAACUACGUCCCAAGAAAACGGAAGAAACCACCCCCAUCAAAUUCCGUCGCCAUGACGACCACAAAACGCUCCAAAAAACGGAAGCCGCCCCGAAAACGACCAUCCAAACCACGAUCCUACUACCGCGCCGUAAAUUCCCCCCAUCUCCCCUCGUACAACCCUCUCUAUCCAGAGGGCCGUGUCACCUGCUACUUCUGCGGCUACGUCCCCUAUUCCGGCCAGCUCGACCGCUUCUACGUCCACAUGAACAAGCACAUCCUUGAAGUUCCGUACCGCUGUGGGACAUGUGGUCGCAGCAUGGCGAGCCCUGAGGCGCUCGACGCCCACAAAAAGGUGCACGGCGACAUCGACGCGCCCCGCCGAUUUGGUUGCAAACUGUGCAAAAGCUCGUUUCGCAAGAAAUCAACCCUUCUCGGUCAUUUGAAGACGCAUUCGACCCUCGCCGAAUUACCGUGUCCCCAUUGCGACAAGAAAUUCAAGUAUGAACGAGGAUUGAGACGACAUGUCAGAGUGUUUCAUACAGAUGACAAGGCUCCAAUUAAGUGUGGGGUGGCAGGAUGUAAGGAAACGUUUAAAAGGCGAGAUCACCUCAAGAGACAUUUGAAAAAUGUGCAUGGCGUUGAAGAAGAGGGGAACCGUUUUCCGUGUCCAUUUUGUCAGGUGGUUUUCAAUUUUAGGUGGAAAUAUGAGAGUCACGCGGUGGAAAGGCAUCCCCGAGAGGUGAAGAAGCUAUUCAGGUGUGACCAGUGUAACGUUAAAUUAGCUAGUUUUCGUCAGGUGAGGGAGCAUUGUUUAACAAAGAGGCAUUUGGAUAGGGUAAAAAUGAAAGGAAAGAGAAAUCUAUAAGUGGAAAAUAAGGGGAUUUUAUACGUUUUGGGGGGAAAUGUGUUCGAUUUUGCUAUGUAUGCAUACAGUGCGAAACAAAGAAAUAAAUAUGAAUAAAAAGUAUGGAAAUAUGUACUAAUUCUAUGAGAAAAUUUCGAACUUUAUUUCAUUUUAGGAGGCUUGUGACAUGUUUUGAAAUAUGAAUAAAUAAUUGGUAAGAACUUUUUAGAAUUACAAAA